GUCGACUGCUUUUUCUGACGGGUAGAAAACGUAGGUGACAUACCCAGAUAGUGAGAGCGAUGGCGAGUCGCGAGAAAAGAAAUAAGUAAACGACAGUGUGUAGGCGGAUACGAGGACAAUGGUCACCUUGUGAUGACACUUCACUUGUCACUCUAGAACAUAGUUAUUAUCUGCCAAAAAGCAGGACUACUUGUCGAUCUUAGGGAUUUCUAGGAAGAAACGCCUUCGGUGACUUUACCCCUAUCGACAAGUCCAACGAGUUCGACAAUGAUUUGAUUGACCCGCUGGAUUAAUCGGAUGCGUACCUCAGAUAAUACUACCACAUUACAGCAGCUUAUUCUGCUCGUAGCUGAUACCAACUUUUUUAUGGUAUACCCAAUUCUCACCCAGAAUGGAUCACGCAAACAUGUGGUCAAACCUUGCCGCGAACGUCAUGUUCGAUGCGGACGGAUAUGAACCGAAAUACCAAACUGCUGACGAUCCUUCCAAGAAGCAUGCUCUUCUCGAGAGAUUCAUCGAAGCCGGCGCGGACCCCAACUCCCGAAUGGCGAACGAACGCUCUCUACUUGAAGAAGCAGUGCGAAGUGGUCUACCGGAAACAAUCACUCUCCUCGUGGAGCAUGGAGCUUCCAUCGACUUGGCGACACCAGAAGGAGGCAACGUCCUAGACUUUCUCCUCCGCGAAUUCCACCAAUUGCCCCAAGACAAGUUCGCAAAGGCGGUGAUGCUCGUAAAGUGCGGUGCCAGAGUCGACAUCCCGCUCGUCACCACAGGCGAAUCGUUCUUAAUGGGAGUAUCCAAGCUGCACAUCGGAUAUGUGCACAACGACAUCUCGCCUUAUCGAUCCCUCGUAUUCGCAGCAGUCCAUUCCGCGAUGGAUUUCGAGCACAUCCACGACGUUCUCACGAACCUGUUCAAUUGCAGCGCCGGCGACUUCCGCCGCACCGACCUAGUGCCCAUCUGCCAAGUCCUCAUGGACCACGGCGCUGUCCUCAAAGACGCCAACAUCGCGGCUACAGCUGCAUCGGAGUUCAUCGGACCUCAUUGGGGCUGGCUUCCCCUGAACCCGCACUACAGCGAAGAGUUAUUCCUCGAAUGUCUCCUUAGCAUGACGCCUAUGAGAUUCUUGGAUGGCCUGCUCACGCGAGCCCAGUGCCUCGAGGACAAAGUAAGCGUCGCCAUCAUCGUUGAACGUAUUGCGGAGGAACAUGGUGCCGAGCUGGAGACGACACGCGACUUCAUCUGGGCGCUUAUUGGGGAGCAAGCACCAGCUCCGGCCGGCUCCUGA